UUCCCCCGAGCGACUGCGGAGCUACCUGGUUGUCGUGGAGACGGCUCCAGGCCUUGGCCUAGGACGGGGAGGAGUCGAUCACUAGUGUCCUGUCCUUGGCCAGCCCUGACAGUUCCCAGCCCAGGCUCCCGCUCACCUCCUCUGCAGCCUGGGCUUCUCGGCCUGGGCCACUUGGAUGCCAUGUGGCCUGUGCUCUGGACUUUGGUGCGUACCUAUGCCCCCUAUGCCACAUUCCCGGUGGCCUUUGUGGUUGGAGCCGUGGGCUAUCACUUGGAAUGGUUCAUCAGGGGAAAGACUCCCCAGCCAGUGGAGGAGGAGAAGAGCAUCUCCGAGCGCCGGGAGGAGCGCAAGCUGGAUGAACUGCUUGGCAAGGACCACACCCAGGUGGUGAGCCUUAAGGACAAGUUGGAGUUUGCACCUAAAGCUGUCCUGAACAGAAACCGUCCGGAGAAGAAUUAACAGAGAACAUGGCCCUCUGGGUCCUUCCAGGGCUGGUGACUAGUCCUGCUGCCACAUCUAUCUGCCCAGCCCCAGGACCCAACCCCAGUCUGCUUAUUUUGCUGCUUAUUCUGGCCCCUCCUAUAACACUCAGCCAUAUACUUGCCAGCACGCCAUCGGAGCAGAGGAAGGCCCUGAGGGUUCUGGAUAAAGGCUGAAGCUGUUAUGUGGCAGUGUAGGGUACACGGUGGGGACAUGAACAUUGCCUCCUGGGCUCCCUGGAGAGGCAGUUUGACUUCAAGUGGUGGGGUGUUGGGAUUGGGGUUGUUGCCUUUAGGAGGGAUGUAUAUGUGUCUAGUUCUGGGCCACACUAGGAAGAAUUUCUACCUGGCUCCUUUUUUCAGUUUGCCUUGUCCUUUGUGCUCAUUUUCCCCGAAUUUCCUGUUGGCUCAGGAAUGAAAUUCUCCAAGGAAGGAAAGAAAUUUUCUGUUCUUGGAAGCCCUGGCUCACCUUAGACCUGAUGAAUUUGCUGGAAAACAAUCACCAUUUCUCAAUUAAAGUGGCAUCUAAGAAACA